GAUGAAGCAAUCGAGCAGACUUUGUUCGUUGCAAAGGAGGUGCAGGUAUACAGAGUCCCACCACGCCCGUCAUCAGGUGGUCACAAAAGCGGUGACUGGAAGGUCGCGGAUAGGAUUUUCCAGGGAAGGCUGCGUGUGCUGUCCAUCGGGGAAAAGUGUGAGCUGAGGUUGGAAGAGCCUGGCAGUGGGGAGCUGUAUGCCAUGUGCCCGGUGCCACUGGGACAGAGGGCAGUGGCGGUGGAGCCAGUGGCGGACAGCUCCCGCUACUUUGUCUUGCGACUGGUGGAUGCCACAACCAAGCGGCAUGCCUUCAUUGGGAUGGGCUUCACAGACCGCACGGAAGCAUUCGACUUCAAUGUUGCGCUGUCCGACCAUGAGAAGUACAUCCGGCGAGCAAAGGAGGUGCAGGCAGCUGCGAAGGAUGAUGCACCAUCCGGUGCAAGCGAGGCUUCCAGCCUUUACAAGAAGCAGGACCUCAGCUUGAAGGAAGGCGAAACAAUCAAG